GAUAAUGGCGUUAUUUCCCUAAUGACCAACGACAGGGUUCCAUUCCAUCCACCAUCAGCCAAGAGCUGCAAAAAGCAAAAGGCAAGGAGGGAUUCUCUCAUUCUCUCCCCCUCUCUCUUUGCUUCCUCUUCAGCAUAAUCUUACUCAGCUCUCCUCUUCAUUACGCAAGGAUUCAUUGCUUUGGCCACUGCUUCUCUCACUCUGUUCCCUUCUUGUGCUUCACUCCCGUCUUAAAGUUUGCUCCUUUUCCUCUCUCUAUUCUAAAAAGUUGAGCUUUGCUGUAGUUUUCUCUCCUUUUCCUCUACCGCUCUCAAAUUUGAUUUUUUUUCCCACUUCUUUGUUAAUCUCUUUAGCUUGUUUCUUCCUAUCCAUUGUAGUUCUCCUUCUUGGCAUCCUCCUUGAAUUUGCUACUCCGUUCUCAAAUUCAACUCUCUUUUUUUUUUUCAUUGAGUUUGUCUAUUCAGGUUUCCAUGGGAAUCUGCCAUGGAAAGCAAAUACAAAACCCCGAAUUCCAGGAGGAAGAUGGCCUUCCGGCCCUUGACAUUGGGCAACCUACGCCGGUGCCGAGAACCCCGCAGCAAGGCAAGUUUCCCUUCUGCAGCCCAAGCCCUCUUCCCGGCUCUUACAAGAACUCGCCGGCCAACUCCAGUGUGAGAACGCCGUUGAUGUUUCUCAAGCGGCCCUUCCCUCCUCCGUCACCUGCGAAGCACAUCAGGGCUCUCCUCGCGCGCCGUCACGGCUCGGUGAAGCCGAACGAGGCGUCGAUCCCCGAAGGCAGCGAGGUGGAAGUCGGAUUGGACAAGAGCUUUGGAUUCUCCAAGCAGUUCUUCUCAAAAUUUGAACUUGCGGACGAAGUUGGGCGUGGGCAUUUUGGUUACACAUGUGCUGCCAAGGUGAAGAAGGGAGACAUGAAAGGAGAAGAGGUGGCGGUCAAGGUCAUUCCCAAAGCAAAGAUGACAACUUCUAUAGCUAUUGAAGAUGUACGUAGAGAAGUGAGGAUAUUAAGUUCUCUAGCAGGGCAUAAGAAUCUAGUACAUUUCUACGAUGCUUAUGAGGAUGAAGAUAAUGUGUAUCUCGUAAUGGAGUUAUGCAAAGGUGGUGAAUUAUUGGAAAGGAUUCUGUCAAGGGGUGGGAAGUAUUCAGAAGAAGAUGCAAAAACUGUCAUAGUUCAGAUUUUGAGUGCCGUAUCAUUUUGUCACCUUCAAGGUGUUGUUCACAGAGAUCUCAAGCCAGAGAAUUUUCUUUUUACAUCAGGAGACGAGACCUCCAACUUAAAGGCCAUAGAUUUUGGUUUGUCAGACUUUGUAAAACCAGACGAGAGAUUGAAUGAUAUUGUUGGAAGUGCAUAUUAUGUCGCACCUGAAGUUCUUCACCGAUCUUAUGGAACUGAGGCAGACAUGUGGAGUAUCGGUGUCAUUGCAUAUAUUUUGCUCUGUGGUAGCCGUCCUUUUUGGGCACGCACAGAAUCUGGUAUAUUUCGAGCUGUUCUGAAAGCUGAGCCAAGCUUCGAUGAAGCUCCAUGGCCAUCUCUGUCUUCUCAAGCCAAAGACUUUGUCAAGAAAUUGCUGAAUAAGGAUUAUCGAAAGAGAAUGACUGCUGCACAAGCUCUUUGUCAUCCUUGGCUGCAGAAUCCUGAAAAAAUUAAGAUCCCUCUGGAUAUUAUAGUCUUUAAGCUUAUAAAAGCUUACAUAUGUUCGUCUUCUCUAAGGAAAUCAGCAUUGAUGUCUCUCGCCAAGACCUUGAAGGUAAAUCAGCUCUAUUACCUUCGAGAGCAGUUUGCUUUGUUAAAUCCAAACAAGAAUGGUUAUAUCUCCCUCCAAAACUUAAAGACGGCCUUGCUAAAAAAUUCGACGGAAGCAAUGAAAGAUGCAAAGGUCCUUGAUUUCGUUAACAUGAUAAGCUCCCUUCAAAACACAAAGUUGCACUUUGAAGAAUUUGCUGCUGCAGCAAUAAGCGUGCAUCAGAUGGAAGCACUGGAUGCAUGGGAGCACCACGCUCGUCAAGCUUAUGAGUUCUUCGAGAAGGAUGGUAACAGGCCCAUCAUGAUCGAUGAACUUGCAUCAGAGCUUGGCCUUGGCCCAUCAGUUCCAGUUCAUGUUGUUCUCCAGGAUUGGAUAAGACAUUCUGAUGGAAAACUGAGUCUCUUAGGAUUUGUUAAACUUCUGCAUGGUGUUUCUUCACGCCCAAUUCGAAAAGCCUAGAUAAACUGUCUUCGUCAAGCAUUGUUGCAAAUGGUUUCAACAGCUGAUCGCCUUAAAUCAAGAGAAGAAUCACGAACCAAACAAUCUAUGCAAUUCCUUAACCUUGAUCAUUGAGUGGGCAACCCAACCAGAGAUCUCAGCAGGCAGGACCACACAACUGAAAUCUUCCUUUUGAAACACUGUUUUCACUUAGCCAUGUUGGUGGUUAGUGUAUUACUGAUGCAUAGGUAGAUGUACAAAUGAGAUAGAAAACGCAGGACGUUGAUUGAGUUGAGGCCGGCAAACGGAGUUUGCAAACCUGCACUUCUCUGUUAGCACUCAAUAAGAUAUUUACUCUCUUAUCUGUGAUGAGAUAUAUUGUGAACAAUUAAGCUGCCUUAUGUUCCGGACAGGGUGGGUUCAAGCAACAUGGAUUACAUAAAAUUAAUGAAGGAGCUACAUUGCAUGCCUUUCAGUCAUGUCUUGGUCGAAGUAAUUUGUAGCUACUAUUUGUCUUUUUUUCUUUUUAUGUUUUACAAUUUAUAGCAGUCAUGUCGACAGGAUGAACUUAUGAAAAAGAAUGAAAGAAAAAGGAAUCAAGAAAGCUUACCUCAGUGAGACAUCUUCUAGAUGAAGGCAUAUCAUGUAUCGUAUUGAAUAUAAUCUUUUGUACAA